GGCGAUUGGCUGGCUAAAAAUGCCUCUGUAAUCUCCAUGCUGAUCUUUACCCCCUCCUCCCCAUCUGCCGUGACCUUCCUCCCAAUGUGCAGAGCCAGCUCGAGCGAGACGGAGCCUUUGGGUUCCCUGCCAGCACCCCGGCCGCCCCCGCUGCCGCCCAGCCUCCGCACCCCAGCGGCCUCCCCGCGCCCUCCCAUGGGCCCUGCAGCCAUUCGCCCAAGAUCAGGACGGAUUAGGCUGGAAUAUCAGGACGAGAAUUUCUCCGGGCUGUGCUCCCCCCACUCCACGGCCCCCCCGAGGAUGCGCAGCAGCCAGGCCAGGGCCCCCCCUGGUGCAUGAGGCUGCUGCUUGCCCGAGAGCCACCGAGCGCCCGCACUGACGGCCGAGGCCGUGCCAGGAGCCAUGUCGGGUUCCUACGACGAAUCGGCAGCAGCCACAGAGGAGACGACCGACAGCUUCUGGGAGGUGGGGAACUACAAGCGCACGGUGAAGCGGAUUGAUGACGGGCACCGGCUCUGCAAUGACCUCAUGAACUGUGUGCAUGAGAGGGCCAAGAUUGAGAAGUCCUAUGCCCAGCAGCUCACUGACUGGUCCAAGCGGUGGAGGCAGCUCAUUGAGAAAGGCCCCCAGUACGGCAGCCUGGAGAGGGCAUGGGGUGCCAUCAUGACAGAGGCGGACAAGGUGAGCGAGCUGCAUCAGGAGGUGAAGAACAGCCUGCUGAACGAUGACUUUGAGAAGGUGAAGAACUGGCAGAAGGACGCCUACCACAAGCAGAUCAUGGGGGGCUUCAAGGAGGCCAAGGAGGCUGAGGAUGGCUUCCGGAAAGCGCAGAAGCCCUGGGCCAAGAAGCUCAAGGAGCUGGAGACAGCCAAGAAAGCCUACCACCUGGCCUGCAAGGAGGAGAAGCUGGCAAUGACCCGGGAAGCCAACAGCAAAGCAGACCAGUCCAACACCCCUGAGCAGCAGAAGAAACUCCAGGACAAAGUGGAAAAGUGCAAGCAGGAUGUGCAAAAGACUCAGGAGAAGUACGAGAAGGUUCUGGAUGAGCUGAACAAGUGCACCCCACAGUACAUGGAGAGCAUGGAGCAGGUCUUUGAGCAGUGCCAGCAGUUUGAGGAGAAGAGGCUCAACUUCCUCAAGGAGGUGCUCCUGGACAUCAAGAGGCACCUGAACCUGGCUGAGAGCAGCAGCUAUGCCAACGUCUACCGGGAGCUGGAGCAGACCAUCCGCCUCUCGGAUGCGCAGGAGGAUCUCCGGUGGUUCCGCAGCACCAGUGGCCCUGGCAUGCCCAUGAACUGGCCCCAGUUUGAGGAGUGGAACCCGGACCUGACGCACACGAUAACGCGCAAGGAGAAAAUGAAGAAGGGCGAAGGGGUGACCCUGACCAAUGCCAGCAGCACGGGCGAGAGUGGGGCAUCAGCAGGCGAGCGCGGGAGCGUCAGCAGCCACGACCGUGGGCAGACCUACAGUGCAGAGUGGUCCGACGAUGAGGGCAGCAACUCCUUCAACGCCAGCGAGGCCAACGGUGGCACCAACCCCUUCGACGAGGACUCGGUGGGGAAAGGCGUGCGGGUGCGGGCGCUGUACGACUACGACGGGCAGGAGCAGGAUGAGCUCAGCUUCAAAGCAGGGGACGAGCUAACCAAGCUGGGUGAAGAAGACGAGCAGGGGUGGUGCAAAGGGCGCUUGGACAACGGGCAGCUGGGGCUCUACCCCGCCAACUACGUGGAGGCUAUCUAAGUCUUGUGGUGUGCUCCUCGUCGCCGUCCGCAGAUCAACCCCCCCCCCGUUGUCUCCAUUCUCCACCAGCCAGCCGCCAUCGCGCCGUCUGCUCCGUCACUCCCCCCCUGUUAGAGAUUCAGACAUAUUUUCCGACCAAGCUUUUAUUUUUUUAAGAGUUGUCUCCGAAGAGUAUUUUGCAUAGUCGCUUUUUUCUUCUUCUAAGAUAAUGUGAAGCGAAAGACGACGUUGUCCGUUCCGCGUUAGCUGAAGCGAAAAACCCGAUACCUCAAGAUCUUAAAGCCCAACCAGCGAGAGCUCCUCCUUGGUUGGAUUUUAAAGAUACUGAAAUCAUGAGCCGCCUUCUGAUUGGCUGGAACUGUUCUGAAACGCACGGCGCUGAUCUCCUGGGACCAACCUAAUUCGCCCCUCUCUGAAAAAAAAAAAAAAGAGAGGCAAUGGGGUUUUGCACCGUUUAUUUUUUAA